CUUUUGGUCAAUAACAACCCUUAAACUCUGACCUCCCUGUUGGCGUGAUCGUGAUCUUUCAGAGACAGUGUGUGGCGUGCUGUGAACUGGGACUAGAGGAUUUAUGAUGUUGUGGCUCACUCCAUCAAGCCCAGUGAAAAAAGCAGGACAAGUGGUACUACUAACAGUUUUGCUGAUGAAGCGAAGAUCCUGGAGGUUGCUUUUAUCUGGAGCUAGUAUGUGUGUACUCAUGCUCUUGGUCUCUUGGAUUAUCCAUGAAAAGGCAAAGAUGAAUUACAGAUCACUGAUGUUCAGAGACGAUGAAACUCCAGAGGACAAGUGUGACUGCAAGAAAAUUUUACAGGGAGACAGAGAUGAGAUUGUUCAUGCUAAGAUUCUGUCCAUCACAAAGAGCUUUAAGAACAUAACACGGAUCACUGAUGAACAAUAUGUCAAGCAGACAAAAGACUGUGAAAAUUUUCUUAGGACUCGUAAGUACCUCCCAUUCCCACUGAGUAAGGAGGAGGAGGCGUUCCCAGUGGCAUAUUCCAUUGUCAUUCACCAUAAGGUGCAGAAUUUCGAGAGGCUCCUCAGGUCCAUAUACAGUCCUCAGAAUCUCUACUGCAUCCAUGUAGAUAAAAAAGCCCCUGAGUCCACUAUGAGGGCGAUCAGUGCCAUUGUCUCUUGCAUUGAUAAUGCUUUCUUGGCUAGCCGGUUUGAACAUGUGGUCUAUGCCGGCUGGAGUCGCGUCCAGGCUGACAUCAAUUGCAUGAAGGAUCUUUACCAGGCCAGCAGUCGUUGGAAGUACUUCAUCAACCUGUGUGGGCAGGACUUCCCCAUCAAAACCAACCUAGAGAUAGUGCGUGCCCUUAAAGCACUAGCUGGUGCCAACAGCCUGGAGACUAUACACACACCCCCUAAUAAGGAAUACAGAUGGAAAAAAAGACACCAAUUGAUAAAUGGAAGAAUCCAGACAACCAACCAAGACAAAAAUCUGCCACCCUUGGGCAUAAAGAUAUUCUCAGGUGGUGCAUACAUAGUGGUGAGUCGGGAUUUUGUGCGCUAUGUGCUUGAGGACCCCAAAGCUCAGGUGUUGAUAUCAUGGUUAAAUGAUACAUACAGCCCUGAUGAAUUUAUUUGGGCUACAAUACAACGCAUCCCUGGUGUCCCAGGGUUUCUCCGUGCACACUCUAAAUUUGACAUCACGGACAUUUACAGCAUCUCCCGGCUAAUCAAAUGGGCAGCACAUGAGGGGGCAUUCGAUGCAGUGUACCCUGCCUGCCAGGGUAUUCACAUUCGGGAUGUUUGUGUAUAUGGGGUUGGGGACCUUCAGUGGAUGCUAGAGCAGCAUCAUUUAUUUGCUAAUAAGUUCGACACUGAUUUUGACCCAAUUGUCAUUCGAUGCUUAGAGAAAUACCUCAGACAGAAAGCGCUAAAAGAGUAUCAUUAA